GUGAUUAUCCGAUGUUGUCUAGUGACGUAGUUAAACAUUAAACCUUUUUGUUUUUAAUUUCAGAUGACGAUGUGAUGAAAAAAAUCCUCUUCGGUGCUAACGAUCAGUCAGGACAAUACAGAGAACUUCUUUUACCAACUGUAGAGUUUGACCGGGAGAAGAUCAACAGGAAGGCAUGUAGUAUUAACGAAUCUGGAAUUCUGGUCAACAAAAUUUCAGCAACAUUAACUUCUGACCAGACUUCCGGCCUGCAGCGUUUCCUUGGAGCGACUGCCAGAACGUGUAUUCCACGACGAGGAAUAUCUUACUGGGAGACGGAAGUGGACUGUUUGGCGCUAGAAUCGGCAGAAUUACAAUACGCGGUAUCAGUAGUCGGUGUUUGUAUGGACGAACACUGUGACGAUGUAGACUGUAUUUCGGAUAACAAACAUGCUUUGAGUGUCUGUGUGUUCAGCUGUCCAUCUCACAACAAUCUCUGUAUAGAGGUUGCGCCACGUGGAAGCUGUUUGUGUGACAGUCCUGUGACACGUUUGAAACAUGACACACGACUCACUGUCACACUCGGGCUGUUAGUAGACUCAGACAACGCCACUCUCCACGUUAUCCGUGUUGACGACAACACAGUUUUAUGCUCAAUCCCAAAUAUCGACGUGUCACGGCCGCUGAUGCCCAUGUUUCGUGUUGGCUGGCCUCAAUAUUUCGAUGUUAAAGUUAAAGUCUCAUCUGGCUCGGAGCUUUCAGUAAACCGUGAACUGUUGGUCCUACUCUCAAGUUUAAUUAAAUAAAUCAUACAAGGAGCAAGUCAUCCAAAUAGUCACAGUUAAAGUUUGUUUUGUUUAACGACACCACUAGAGCACAUUGAUUAAUUAAUCAUUAGCUUUUGGU